AUGGGUGAACAAAUUGCCGACUUGAAGCUCCCGGCGGACGUCCCAGAGUCCAGGGUGACACCAGCAAACGUCUCACACACAGCCCUGUUCUCGCUCAGCGGCAAGACCAUCGCGAUCACGGGCGGCGGCCGCGGCGUGGGCAUCACACUCGCAGCAGCCGUCCUCGAGGCCGGCGGCAACGUCGCCUGCCUGGACAUCCUCGAGACCCCCGCCGCGGAGGAGUGGGCCGCGAUCGAGAAGACGGCCAAGACAUCCGGGCUCAAGCUCUCGUACCGCCGCGUCGACAUCACGGACGAGGAGAACCUCUCGAGCAUCCUCGACGAGAUAGAGAGGGAGGGGCGGGAGGCGGGCGCCCCGUUCUACGGCACGAUCGCGUGUGCCGGCAUCCAGCAGAAGACCCCGGCCAUCGAGUACCCCAAGUCCGACUUCGAGCGCAUGUUCAGCGUCAACGUCACUGGUACCUUCCUGACGGCGAAGCACACUGCGAGGAUCUUGAUCAAGAACGGUGUGAAGGGCAGCAUUGUGAUGAUCGCCUCCAUGUCUGGUGACAUUGCCAACCGCGGAUUGACAUGCUCCGCCUACAACAGCAGCAAAGCCGCAGUGCAGCAACUGUGCCGGUCCGUAGCGCAGGAGUGGGGCCAAUACGGCAUCAGGGUGAACACCCUGUCCCCAGGGUACAUAAGAACGGCCAUGACAGACGCGCUCCUGGCCACGAACCCCGACUUGGAGAAGGUCUGGAUGGCCGGUGCGCUCCUCGGGAGGCUCGGGGCGCCUGAGGACUUCAAGGCCCCGGCCGUGUUCCUCCUGUCGCAAGGCAGCUCGUUCAUGACGGGCGCGGACCUCAGGGUGGAUGGGGGCCACUGUGCCUCUGCAUAG